AUGGCACUGGAUCAUUCGGUCCUCCUGAAGCACCUGCAAUGGAUGAUGGAACUCCUCUCUCACUCCUCCUGCCUGUCCCCUUCGCAGCGCAUGGAAUUCCUCAAGUUCACCGUAGACUCCGAAGCGGAAUCUCUCAACCUCCCUCCGUUCAAGAUACAGACCAUCCGCAAGGAAUUACACCGCACUCUA